UCGUGAUUCGUGCCAGUACUUCCGUGAGGGUCUUGUUUUCCUCGGAAACUAUUGGGUUAUCGAUAUGCGGAGAAUUAUAAUUUUCUAAUAAUAAUUUCAAUUGAUUAGAAUUUGGGCUCUUCAGUAGUGAAUAGUUGGUGAUGAUUGAUCUAAUCGAGCGUUACAUUUACCAGUAAAUCUAGAGUAGGUUGUUGGUAAUCGGGAAUUCCGCGAUGUCGGGACACUUGGAUAGAUUUGCAAGGCCUUGUAUGAUAAAUCUGCGCAAGUUUUUUAUCUGCAUUUACUUGUUAAUUAUAUGGGCUUUUGUUGUUUUGGGAUUUGGGGCUUUGAGGGUUCAUCUGGUCAUGAUGAGAGAAGAGAAAGAAAGUCAGAUUUUGAAACUUCGGAGGAUGAAAGGAGGACUAGAAUUGGUGCUUUGAAAAAGAAGGCACUAAAUGCUUCUUCAAAGUUUAAGCAUUCGCUGAAGAAGAAGAAGAGCAAUAGAAGAAAGAGCGAUGGUCGGGUUAGUUCAGUUUCAAUUGAAGAUAUCAGGGAUGCCGAGGAGUUGCAAGCUGUUGAGUUGUUUAGACAGGCCUUGAUGUUGGAUGAGCUGCUACCUGAAAAGUUUGAUGACUACCAUAUGAUGUUGAGAUUUUUGAAAGCAAGGAAAUUUGAUACUGAAAAGUCGAAGCUAAUGUGGGCUGAUAUGCUUCUAUGGAGGAAAGAUUUCGGUACUGACACAAUUAUUGAGGAUUUUGACUUCCAAGAGUUGAAUGAAGUUGUGAAGUACUAUCCCCAGGGUUAUCAUGGAGUCGAUAAGGAGGGGAGGCCUGUGUACAUAGAGAGACUAGGGAAAGUUGACCCAAACAAACUCAUGCAAGUUACUACUAUGGACCGUUACUUAAAAUACCAUGUGAGAGAAUUUGAGAAAGCUUUUGCAAUAAAGUUUCCUGCUUGUACCAUUGCAGCAAAACGGCACAUUGAUUCAAGUACAACAAUUUUGGAUGUUCAUGGUGUGGUAUGGUUGACUCUUACUUUGCUUUCGUUUGUUUUGUUUCCCGCCAUCAUGACUUGUGGCUCAUUCUUCGAACUUCGAAGUCAUCCAUUUGAGUACUAUUUUUAUACACACCGAAUUGCUUUGCAGGGUUUAAAAAACUUUAACAAGAGUGCGAGGGACCUCAUCACACGGCUCCAGAAGAUUGAUGGCGAUAAUUAUCCUGAAACCCUCCAUCAAAUGUUCAUUAUCAACGCUGGUCCAGGCUUUCGGCUACUGUGGAAUACAGUGAAGAAUUUUAUUGAUCCCAAGACAGCCACUAAAAUUCAUGUUCUAGGAAACAAGUACCAAACCAAGUUGUUUGAAAUAAUAGAUGCGAGUAACUUGCCAGAUUUCAUGGGAGGAACAUGUAACUGUUCAGAGCAAGGUGGUUGCCUCCGGUCUGAUAAAGGACCUUGGAAGGAUCCUGAGAUACUCAAGGUAUUCAAGAUUAUCAAUAGUGAUGGGAAGGUGGUGUAUGCCAAGCCUCAUCUACCCAUGGCGAAGGCAAUAGGAACACCUGGCUACUAUGGGAAGUUCUCAGCAUACGAUGAGUAUGUUCCCAUGGUUGACAAGGCUGUUGAUUCUGGAUGGAAGAAGCAAACAGGUCCAGAGAAGCUUCAUAUAUCUAAAGAGAUGUUUCCAAAAUGUGAUUCCCCAAAGGUACGGGAAGGAUAUUGUGCUCGUCUCUUGGCUGCUCUUAUGAGCUUCUUCACGACUCUCUUCCUUUUCUUCGGUGUCAUGAAGAAACUCGGUGCUGACACAGCAACUAAGCAUGAUGACCAAACCAGUCGAGGAUUUGCCUUUGGCACGAAUACCAAUGAAGAAUUUAGACCUCCAUCACCAACACCAUCUUUUACAGAAGCCGAACUUCUAACAUCUGUUGUUAAGAGGUUGACUGAGCUCGAGGAUAAGUUCGACACUCUCCAGUCAAAGCCAUAUGAGAUGCCUUACGAGAAGGAGGAGCUGCUAAAUGCUGCUGUUUACCGAGUGGAUGCCCUGGAAGCAGAGUUGAUUGCAACAAAAAAAGCUCUGCACGAGGCUUUGAUGAAGCAAGAGGAGCUGCUUGCUUAUAUAGACAGCCAAGAAGAAGCCAAAAGAAGAAAUCCUGCUGGUGAAGACCUUGUGGGGAGUUUUGAUGGUAUUGGUUGGGACAUGACUCCAUCUGCACUCAAUGCUCAUUGAUUUGUAUAAAUUGUCGUGGAUACUAUUGUGAGUAAUUUUAUCAAGAAACCCCUCUUGUUAUGGAAACUCCACUCAUGUAAAACCUAUCGAGAUACACCCCUCUAUUUAAAAACUAGCUUUGAUACUCGUGCGAUGCUCGGGUAUGGUAUGUUAUUUUCUUCUUUUCUAUUUUCUUGGUUUAUUUUUUGCAGAAAUUAUGUGGAGCCAUCCGAUGGUUUUCUUAUAGAGUCAUCCAUCACAUAAUGUAUUGACACAUGUCUAAAGUGUAUUUAUUGUAGGACAUGUGUCAAUACACUAUUUAUAAAUAAGUGUAGAUGACUCAAUAAGUUGUGUCAUUCGAUGACUCCAUAAUUUAUUAACAAUUCAUGAUGUGCAUAUUGUUCGAUAAUUAAUCAUAGUUUAACUCAUCAAAAUUAUCUUCAUUUGUUAUAAAUCUAAAUACAUGAAAUGUUUUUCAUUUG